UCAGCAGUGUGUUCACAGCGAACAGAGUCCAGACGUCUUCUGAGGAUUUCUACUGAUAUCUCCCAGCUGAGGAUCACUGACGUCUCCGAGCUGCAGAGGGCAGCAGCUCACCAGCAGAACCAGGAGCAGGAAACCAGAGGAGGGUUCAACUUCAAACCUGCUGAGCAGGAAGAGAAACUCUUCAAACUCUGGCUGCCAUUGAGAGGAGAAAAUGGCUCAGAGAGGAUCUCAGCUGGAUCCACUAAAGUUCUCUUGCUCCAUCUGUCUGGAUCUCCUGAAGGAUCCGCUAACGGUUCCCUGUGGACACAGCUACUGCAGCAGCUGUAUUCAAAGCCACUGGGAUGAAGAGAAGAAGAAGGGAAUCUACAGCUGUCCUCAGUGCAGGAAGGAAAGUAGCAGUAGAGCUCCUCCGUCCUGUGUGACAGCCUCCACAGGAGAGCAAACAGGUGUUGGUCUGCAGCAGCUUCUCGAAGAACAUAAGAAGAGUCUGAGGAGGAGAUGUGAACGUGUGACUGAAGGAAGUGAUGAAGCAGGAGGAGGAAGCCUCCUCAACAGGAUCUACACUGAGCUCCACAUCACAGAGGGACUCAGUGAGGAUCUUCAGAGGGAACCUGAGCUGAAGCAGUUGGAGACAGCUUCCAGGAAGGAGAGCCUCCAUCACACUGCCAUCAGGGUUCAGGACAUCUUCAAAGUCUCGGCCCAGCAGCUCAGACACAUCCGAGUGGUUCUGACCAGCGGCGUGGCCGGCAGUGGAAAAACCUUCUCGGUGCUCAAGUUCAGUCUGGACUGGGCCGAGGGCCUGGAGAACCAGGAUGUCAGUGUGCUGGUGGUGCUCUCCUUCAGGGAGCUGAACCUGCUGGGAGAGCGGCCGUACAGCCUCCUCUCACUGCUGGGUGUUUUCCAUCCCACGCUCCAGAAGCUGACGGCAGAGGAGCUGGCUGUCUGCAAGCUGCUCUUCAUCUUGGACGGCCUGGAUGAAAGCAGACUUUCUCUGGACUUCAGCAGCAGCCGGCGGCUGCUUGACGUCUCCCAGCAGUCUUCAGUCAGCCUGCUGCUCACUAACCUCAUCCGGGGAGAUCUGCUGCCCUCGGCUCGGGUCUGGAUCACUUCCCGACCGGCGGCGGCCCAUCAGAUCCCUCCAACAUGUGUGGACAGACUGACAGAAGUGCGAGGCUUCACUGACGCCCAGAAGGAGGAGUACUUCAGGAGGAGGCUGAGUGAUGAGGAGCUGAGCAGCAGAAUCAUCUCCCACAUCCAGACCUCCAGGAGCCUCCACAUCAUGUGUGGAAUCCCAGUCUUCUGCUGGAUCACUGCUACAGUUCUGGAGCACAUGUUGAGCAGCGAGCAGAGAGGAGAGCUGCCCCAGACCCUGACUGACAUGUACUCCCACUUUGUGCUGGUUCAGACACACAGGAAGAAGCUCAAGUACCAUGAAGGACCUGAGACGGGUCCACAGGAGCUGACGGAGGCUGACAGGGAGCUUCUUCUGAAGCUGGGCAGGAUGGCCUUGAAACAUCUGGAGAAAGGAAACAUGGUGUUCUACCAAGAAGACCUGGAGCAGGGUGGUCUGGAUGUGACUGAGGCCUCACUGUUCUCUGGAAUCUGUUCUCAGAUCUUGAAAAGAGAGUCUGUGAUCUUCCAGAAAGCUGUCUACAGCUUCACACAUCUGAGUGUUCAAGAGUUUCUGGCUGCAGUCUUCAUGUUCCACUGUUUCACCAGCAGGAAGACGGAUGGACUGAAGACCUUCAUCGGAGAGGUUCAUGCCUCCAUUUCUCUUGAUGAUUUCCUGAAAACUGUCCUUCAGAAAUCCCUCAGAAGUCAGAAUGGGCGCCUGGACCUGUUUGUCCGCUUCCUUCAUGGCCUCUCUCUGAAAUCCAACCAGAGACUCUUAGAGGGUCUGCUGGGUCAGACAGAGAUCAGUCCAGAAACCAUCCAGAGAGUCAUCAAGAACCUGAAGGAGAUCAACGUUUAUCAAAUGUCUCCUGACAGAAGCAUCAACAUCUUCCACUGUCUGAUGGAGAUGAAGGACCUCUCAGUACAUCAGGAGAUCCAAGAGUUCCUGAUGUCAGAGAACAGAUCAGAGAAGAAACUCUCUGAGAUCCACUGCUCAGCUCUGGCCUACAUGCUGCAGAUGUCAGACCAGGUCCUGGAGGAGUUGGAUCUGAACAAGUACAACUCCUCUGAGGAGGGACGACGGCGACUGAUCCCAGCUGUGAGGGACUGCAGGAAGUUUCGUUUGAGGAGCUGCUGCAUGUCAGAGAUCAGCUGUUCUUCUGUGGUCUCAGCUCUGAUGUCCAACCCCUCCCUCCAGAAACAUCUCCAACAUCUGGACCUGAGUUGGAACCCUUUGCAGGAUUCAGGAGUUGAGCAGCUGUGUGGUUUUCUGCAGAGUCCACUCUGUCAUCUGCAGACUCUGAGGUUGAAGGAAUGCUGGUUGUCAGAUAUCAGCUGUUCUUCUGUGGCCUCAGCUCUAAAGUCCAACCCCUCCCUCCUGAAACAUCUGGACCUGAGUUGGAACCCUCUGCAGGAUUCAGGAGUUGAGCAGCUGUGUGGUUUUCUAGAGAGCCCACUCUGUUGUUUGCAGACUUUGAGGUUGUGGAACUGCAGUUUGUCAAAGAUCAGCUGUUCUUCUCUGGCCUCAGCUCUGAAGUCCAACCCCUCCCACCUGAAGGAGCUCGACCUGAGUCUCAACCAUCUGCAGGAUCCAGAUGUGCAGCAGCUGGUUGAUCUCCAGCAGAGUCCAGACUGCAGCCUGCAGACUCUGAGGUUGGUGAAGUGCAGGUUGUCAGAGGUCAGCUGUUCUUCUGUGGCCUCGGCUCUGAAGUCCAACCCCUCCCUCCUGAAGCAUCUGAAAUUUCUGGACCUGAGUUACAACCCUCUGCAGGAUUCAGGAGUUGAGCAGCUGUGUGGUUUUCUGCAGAGUCCACUCUGUACUCUGCAGACUCUGAGGUUAAAAGACUGCAGUUUGUCAGAGAUCAGCUGUUCAUCUGUGGCCUCAGCUCUGAAGUCCAACCCCUCCCACCUGAUGCAUCUGAAAGAUCUGGACCUAAGUUACAACCCUAAUCUGGAUUCAGGAGUUGAGCAGCUGUGUUGUUUUCUGCAGAGUUCACUUUGUGGUCUGCAGACUCUGAGGUUGGAUUUCUGCAGUUUGUCAAAACUCAGCUGUACUUCUGUGGCCUCAGCUCUGAAGUCCAACCCCUCCCUCCUGAAACAUUUGGACCUGAGUGGGAACCCUCUUCAGGAUCCAGGAGUUGAGCAGCUGUGUGGUUUUCUGGAGAAUCCACUUUGUAGUCUGCGGACUCUGAGGUUGGAGGACUGCAGUUUGUCAGAGAGCAGCUGUUCUUUUCUGGUCUCAGCUCUGGAGCCCAACCUCUUCCUCCUAAAACAUCUGGAACAUCUGGACCUGAGUGGGAACCCUCUGCAGGAUUCAGGAGUUGAGCAGCUGUGUGGUUUUCUGGAGAAACCAGUCUGUCAUCUGCAGACUCUGAGGUUGAGGGGCUGCAGUUUGUCAAAGAUCAGCUGUUCUUCUCUGGCCUCAGCUCUGAAGUCCAACCCCUCCCACCUGAAGGAGCUGCACCUGAGUCUCAACCAGCUGCAGGCUUCAGAUGUGAAGCAACUGGUUGCUCUUCAGCAGAGUCCAGACUGCAGGCUACGUAAUCUCUGGUGGAACUGAGAGCAGAGCUUCAUCCAGCAGUGAGCGACAGAGGAACCAGCAGAAGAUCUGCAGUGUGAAGAGCUGUGAGAGUCCAGCAUCGAACCAGGGUUCCUCUGGAUGUGACUCGGAAUCAUCAUUGUGUGGACUUUACCUCCUCUGUUAUUUUUACCUGUAAUUAUUUGAGGCAGAUUGAAGUUUUAAAGUCCAGCCCCAGUUUUUUUUUUCUUUCCACUUUGUCUGUUGCUGAUUCAAACCCAGCCAUGAUACGGUCUUUUGCCUCUUCCCUGACAUGUUCAUUAGUUUUGCCAUAUUUUACUUACUGUGCAGAAGUAUGGGGAAAUAACUACAAAACAGCAUUACACCCUCUUGUCAUCUUACAGAAGAAAGCAAUAAGAAUAAUACAUGGUGUCGGUUACAGAGAACAUACAAACAUACUUUUUGCAAACUCUAAAUUAUUAAAAUUUCAAGAUAUUGUUGAUUUAUUGACUGUACAAAUUGGAUUUAGGGCAAGUAAGGACAAUCUUCUAAAAAACAUCCAACUUUUAUUUCCUAAAACAGCAGGUGUUCGGUAUAAUUUACGACAUACACAUAACUUUAAAGUUAGAUGGGCAAAUAAUAAACGGAAAAGACUUUGUCCUUCAGUUCAAGGGGUAAAAUUGUGGAACAAACUGGGACAACACCUCAAGGAAUGUCUAAAUAUGAAAUUAUUUAAAAAGCAACUUAAAGAAAUGACUUUUGAAAAAUAUAUUAAGGAGAAUGAUUUUUGUAUGUAAAAAAGGAAGUUUGUUAUUAAUUGUACUGUGAACAUAAUUGUGUAAUAAUGAAGGUUGUAAUAUCUUUAGUUAAAGAGUAUAAGUAAGGAGGGGUGGGAGAUAAGUUUUUACUUCAUCCCACUCCUUUUCGAGCUAAUAUAAAUGUGUUUUGUUAUUGUAUUGUGUUGUAUUGCUUGUAAUGAUUUUUGUUUACUGCUGAGCACUGAGCGAAAUUCUGCUCAAAGCAAAAAUAAACAAACAAACAAACAUCUUAGAAAUGCAAACAAAAAUCCAAAGUUUAAUACAUCCAUAGCCAGUGUCAGGAUGAAGCAAUUUAUUGAUCACAUUUACAAUAAAAAAGAUGAUGAGAUACAAUCUUUAAAAGUGACUAACUGACAGAUAUGGACCAUUACAUGAAAUUACAGAGCAAGUGCAGGUCAAUAUAGUGAGACGACCUAGGAAAAAAUGCUCGAUGAAAAUUCAAAACUUUAAAGUAGUUGGAUGAAUUUGUCCUAUUGCACGCUAACAUUCCUGAUCAACAAUCCACCUCUGUGUUUCCGCUCAUAUCACUCUCUCCCUUAUUUCAAAAAUUCUUUUUCUUGAAGUUACAGGGCUCAAACUUCUCUUCAUGAAUGCAUUUGCAGUGAUAUGUGUUUAACCAAGGCUCAAUCAAUAUAUGGGUUCAGUAAAUGUUUUUGGAGCAACUGUCCUUGUAUUACAGCUUUAACAUUUAACAUGCACUGCAUCUUGUCAUUUCGGCAGUCCAGUGACCAGAUCACUCACAAUAGGGUUGUUGUUCUUCAAUUGCAGUCCUCCUUGAUACACGUUACCACUGUGUGGAACUUCGUUAAACGUACUUUUUAAUGAUGGGAUAAGCUCUCCAACCCUGAUGCAGAGCUGCUUUCUGAUUGGAUGUCAUGUUGCUAGUUGGAUUGACUGAAACUGUUGUGUGACUGCUGGUUUUUACAGUCAUGCACCAUUUACUGAUGUAUUUAAGUUCUGACAAUGAAUGAGUUAAAAUUUAUUGGUGUAAGGUGUACCGUGUCACCUGUGGAUGGACUGGAACGCAUGUAUCUCAAACUCAAUGUGUGAGAGCUGAGAACCCUGAACCAUUGUUAUUUAGACAGAGUAUCUAACUCUUUUCUUUGUCUCUUCACCUUUUCCUUAUUUACAACACGUGAAUUAAAGUUUUAUCUAUAUUUACCUAAAUUAAGCUUUUAACAUCAUGAACGGGCAUCUGAAAUUAUAAUUAUAGCAGAAACUUUUAACUUCAGCCUUUACAUGAACAUUUAGCCAUAUUAGCAAUAUUAGCACUUUUAGCCACAUAGCAUAGCAAGCUUUUCGAGGGUAUCAGCCGUGCUCAGUCUUGAGUAACUCUAUUAAAGGGCAACUCCGGUUUUUUGACACCUGGACCUUAUUUAUAGGUGUGUGCAUGCUCAUAUACUCACUCAGACAAACAUCGUGCAGCUCGGAGUCCUUCAGAAGUUAUUUA